AUGGCAGACCUUGAACCAACAGCGCCGUCAACCGACGUUGCGCCCGACGAGAUGGACCCGGGUCCCAACCCAGCGAGUGAUUCCAUCUCCCAGGAAGGACCUACAGAUAGUGGCCCCACUCCACUCGCGGAAUCUGCUGGUGGUGACGACUCUGACGGCAUGGACGUCCAACCAGACAUUGUGGAUGACAGUGGGGAUGAUAUGAUGCUGCCAGAUAACGAUCAGGGAGCUGGGAAACGCGUCAAGGUGUACGAGCUUCGUGAUCAAGCGUGGUUCGACCGGGGAACGGGACACUGCAAGGGAGUGUACGAUAAUGACAACGACGUCGCGCUACUCGUCGUGGAGGCCGAGGAACCUCAACCAGAAGGAAGGGCGGGCGAAGAGGCAGAGGGACCAGGAGGUUUCCUUAAGGAUGAGCUACUACUCCAUGCGCAAGUGACGAAGGAUGACCAAUACACCCGUCAGCAAGAAACCCUCAUCGUGUGGACAGACCAGGCGACUCAGCUUGACAUUGCGCUCUCGUUCCAGGACGCGUCAGGAUGUGAAGGUAUCUGGCAGUUCAUCAACGAGGUGCAGAAGCACCUGAGCAACCAGCUUGGUGAUGACUCCAAAAUGGGCAUGGUGUCAUCGUCCUCUCCAAUGGAGCCCUCCCCCAUCCUUGCGUCCUCCGCAGCCAUGGGUGCCAUGGCUCGGGAUCACUGGCAACAGCCGUCGCUCGCCAACAUCAAGGACCACGAGGUCUGGCUGCGCAUGCAGGCCAAGUCAGCAGCCGGUCGAGAACAUGCAGUCGAACACAUCAUCGUAGAGACGAUACUCAUGUUCAACGACAACGGCAUCUUCGAGUACAUCUUACAGGACGACAUCUUCGACGGCGUGCUGGGGAUGCUGGAGUACGAUCCCGAGUUCCCCACGUUGAAAGCAUCAUACCGAGCGUUCUUUCGCCAGUACUCCAAGUACCGCGAGGUGGUGCGCAUCAAGGACGACACCAUACGGAACAAGAUCCACCAAACGUCACGACUCCUCUACCUCAAGGACGUUGUUCUGGCUCGACUGCUGGACGACCCCACGUUCAACAUUCUGAACAGCUUCGUCUUCUUCAACCAGGUGGACAUCACGUCAUAUAUUCAGACCGACGAUGUCUUGCUCCAUGAGCUCUUUGUCGACUUCCAACGCGACGAAAGAACAGGCCAGGAUGAUUCUAAGAAGCGCGACCUGGUACAGUUCUUGCACCAGCUCAUGAUCAUGGGGAAGGGGAUGCAGGUCCCAAAUCGCCUGGCCCUGUAUCGAACGCUUGUCGACCGCGGCCUUCUGUUCGCUUGCGAAUGGGCGUUCCGACAGCCUGAGGCAACCAUCCUCCAUGGCGGGGCAGAGAUCCUUACCCUCGCGGUCGAGCACGACGUCAACGCCGUUCGUGUCCACGCUCUGAGGGAGGAGGAGUUGUCGAGGACGACGCUGGUAGUCGAGAUCGUUGGUCUCCUGCAGUCGACACAGGACCAAGGACUUAUCCAGCAAACAGUGGAAACCCUCAGGACGUUGUUGGAACCCGGAGCUGACAACGAGCAGCAAUCCUUCGCGCGUGCCAAGGAAUCGACAGUUGCGGAAUCAUUCAUCGCGUACUUUUACGAGCACUGUGCGGCUCAGCUUUUCCUACCGAUCAGCAGCUUGCCCGAGUUGAAGGACGUGAACAAACAAGCCCAGACUCUCGUUCCCCAGAGGACGCCGCUGUUGGCGAUCCUUGUGGACCUCUUGUCGUACUGUGUCGCGGCCCAUGGCCACAAAGCGCAGUUCUACAUCUUGUCCACCCCCUUAGCGUUGCAAGUGUGCUCGCUGGUCUAUGCGAGAGAAAAGACGCUGCGUCAUUCUGCGUUGCGCUUCAUCAAGGCGUGCCUCCGAACAGGCAACCACUUCAUACAUCGCAACUUCACAAAGAACGGCGUCACCAAAGCCAUCAUCGACCUUGUCAACCGAGAGACGACGCGUGACACGAUGCUCAGUUCUGCGUGCCUGGAUACGCUUGAGCUCAUUCGCAAGGAGAGCAUGAAGGCCAUCAUCAUGGACAUGUUCGACAAACAUGAAGCCCAGUUGACUCGAUUGACCGAGAGGCCGUUCGUCCGCGCGUACGUCCUCGGUCUGCGCAUCAGGUGGGAACAGUUCAAGGAACCACCUCCUCAGCCACCUCCUCAGGCCGUCGUCGAAGCGACCAAGCGCACCGCAACCGACGAGGAAGAGGCCUGGUUUAACCAGUCAGACGAUGAGACGGACGCGGACGGCGAAAGCACUGCUCCACAUGUGCCUGUCAAGCGCAAGAGGACGCAGCAAAGUGGCCCGGCGUCUAAACGCCUUUCGAGUGGAGGAGGUGGAUCCGCUCUGGGUCUCGACUAUGAUGACGCUUCCGACAGCGACGGAUCCGCUGGCGGGGAGUCACCCAAGAUUGUGCCCGCAAACCCUCCCGCCGGAACGGAGAGCGAGCUGGUGGAAGGCCUCUCAGAUGUCGAAAAGCGUGUCCGUGCCAAGCGGAUACGCCAGGAGGAGGAAGAGGAAGGCUCUGCUCUAUCUGAUCUGAUUGGAGGGGGCAGCAAGGCUGGAGCACCAAAGGACGGCAGCAGUGGAGUGGCGGCCAGGGUGGUGCAUGAGGGGACACCGGAGGUUGGGGGUUCUGCAAUGCACUUGUUGGUACUAUCCCUCAACCGUCAAUCCAAAAAAGUCACAAUGGGUCGUGUUAUUCGUGCCCAGAGGAAGUCGGGUGGCAUCUUCAAGGCCAACACCCACCACAACAAGAACCCCGCGCGUCACCGCAACCUCGACUUUGCCGAGAAGAACGGUUACGUCCGUGGUGUCGUUCGCGAGAUCAUCCACGACGCUGGCCGUGGUGCUCCCCUCGCGACCGUCGUCUUCCGUGACCCCUACCGCUACAAGCUCCGCAAGGAGACCUUCAUCGCUGCCGAGGGUAUCUCGACCGGCUCGUUCAUCUACGCCGGCAAGAAGGCUGCCCUCUCUAUCGGCAACAUCCUCCCUCUCUCGGCUUGCCCUGAGGGUACCGUCGUCUUCAACGUUGAGGAGAAGAUUGGUGACCGUGGAGCCCUUGCCCGCACUUCGGGUAACUACGCCACCAUCAUCGGCCACUCGGAGGACGGCAAGACCCGUAUCCGUCUCCCCUCGGGUGCCAAGAAGACCGUCGCCUCGCGCGCACGUGCGACCGUCGGUGUCGCUGCCGGCGGUGGCCGUGUUGACAAGCCCUUCCUCAAGGCUGGCCGCAAGUUCCACGCCAUGCGCGCCAAGCGCAACUCGUGGCCUCGUACUCGUGGUGUUGCCAUGAACCCCGUUGACCACCCCCACGGUGGUGGUAACCACCAGCACAUCGGUCACGCCUCUACGAUGGCCCGCGACUCGUCGGCCGUGCUGAUACGUUACGCUGGUCUCAUUGCUGCCCGCCGUACCGGCAAGAAGCGCGGCACCAUCCAGGUCAAGGAUGCGUAA